AUGUGUGCUCUACAUUCCAAAAACAAUCCCAAACCUUUGAGAACACACAUACAUUUUGAAGAGCUGCUCGCAAGUCUAUUUUGUGAUCCUAAAACUUCAUUUGGGGAUUUUCAGUAAGACUCAACAAUGGGUAGAGCGACAACAGGGAUUCUUUGGUUGAUGCUAACUCUGGGAGUCGUCACGGCUCAAAUAGGUAAGGUGGAUCGGACACUGCCCCAGUGGCUGACAGGCAUCAUAGCUGUGGGUGUGUUUCUCUUCCUCAUCUUCGUGGCGUUUCUGGUCAACAAGGCCUGGUGUCAGGACUCAAGGCUGGAGACCAAAGUAUGUGAGUGUGUGGAGACCACUGGCUAUGCCAAGACCAACAGAGACAACUAUAAUACCAGUCUGGAUACAGUCAGGAAUGGAGAUGACGAGGGUGCAUAUGAGAACAUGGCCCUUGAAAGUGUGGAGGACAAAGCCACUGCCAUGUGACCGAUAAGAACCCAUACAAGACACCAAUGUGUAUGGGUUUGUCGUGAACACACACACACACACACACACA